UAGCCUGUGAGCAGCGAGAUCCACGGACAGAGUCUCAGCCUGGCCACUGCCGCCCAGAGACUGCUGAGCCCUCGUCCGUCCGCCGCCACCCACUCCGGACACAGAACAUCCAGUCAUGGAUAAAACUGAGCUGGUGCAGAAGGCCAAACUGGCCGCGCAGGCUGAGCGAUAUGAUGACAUGGCAGCCUGCAUGAAGUCUGUAACUGAGCAAGGAGCUGAAUUAUCCAAUGAGGAGAGGAAUCUUCUCUCGGUUGCUUAUAAAAAUGUUGUAGGAGCCCGUAGGUCAUCUUGGAGGGUCGUCUCAAGGAUUGAGCAAAAGACGGAAGGUGCUGAGAAAAAACAGCAGAUGGUUCGAGAAUACAGAGAGAAAACUGAGACCGAGCUAAGAGAUAUCUGCAAUGAUGUACUGUCUCUUUUGGAAAAGUUUUUGAUCCCCAAUGCUUCACAGGCAGAGAGCAAAGUCUUCUAUUUGAAAAUGAAAGGAGACUACUACCGUUACUUGGCCGAGGUUGCUGCUGGUGAUGACAAGAAAGGGAUUGUGGAUCAGUCACAAGAAGCAUACCAAGAAGCGUUUGAAAUCAGCCAAAAGGAAAUGCAACCAACACAUCCUAUUAGAUUGGGUCUGGCCCUUAACUUCUCUGUGUUCUAUUACGAAAUUCUGAACUCCCCGGAGAAAGCUUGCUCUCUUGCAAAGACAGCUUUUGAUGAUGCCAUUGCUGAACUUGAUACAUUAAGUGAAGAGUCCUACAAAGACAGCACGCUAAUAAUGCAAUUACUGAGAGACAACUUGACAUUGUGGACAUCGGACACCCAAGGAGACGAAGCUGAAGCAGGAGAAGGAGGGGAAAAUUAACCGGCCUUCCAACUUUUGUCUGCCUCAUUCUAAAAUUUACACAGUAGACCAUUUGUCAUCCA